AUGGAGGCAGUAUAUAGCAAAUGCUCCAAGUCAGCCGUCUAUAACGAGCUGCACCGCGGUCUACAGCCCUUCGUCUACUGGCACGUUACCGAAUCCAUCCAAGAGGGGUACAAUCCAGAGUCCAUCGGAGAGCUUCAAGAACAUGCCGAAGUAGAGGCUCUCGUGCUCGAACGUAGGUCUGUCGCACGCGAUUGCGCCCUCGGCUACUUUGUCUCUUUACUCCAUCACUACCUCGCACGUCAGACUGACCUGUCCCAGCCCCAUAUCGAUCAAGCUAUCGCUGAGCUCAGCGCAGACUUCGAAAAGGAGACCCCCUUGGCUCCUUUUGCCGACUUUCGUCUUGACAUUGCAGACAUCUACGCUUACGUCGAAGAGCAAAAGCAGAAUGCAGGUCUCAUCGCCGACGACGGUGACUGGCACCACCGCUCCGGCAUCUCAUCCAAUCUCCAGUGGAACGUCGUCUUCAAGAACGCCCUCGAUCUCACCCGCACAGCCUAUACAGACGCGUGUCAGCGUUUCGAACAUCGCUUCAUCGCUGAGGCUCAGGCUGACCUUGCUCUUAUCCAGCUUGUCGCCGAUGCUGACCUAGCAGGGCUCGCUUUCCAGACUCGUGCCAAGCCUCGUCAUGUUCCUGCCCCUCCGACCAGCCUCGCUGACAAGAAGGAUCCGCAUGCACAGUAUUGGUCCAACCGCAUCGGCCAUACCGUCGAUCCUGCUUCCAAAAAUCUGCCCGACUUUGAUCCAGAACACCUCAUCAGUGCCGGAAGGGCUUUUAGGACAGCUUGCAUCGACAACAUCCGCGCGGACUCGGACGCUGCUGCUCGUGCCUCUCAAGCCGGCAAAGAACUGGACGUCGUCUUGUCCAAGGCAAUCAAUCUCGACACGAACCCGAUACGCCUCCUCGAACACGCACGUGGACGCUGGACUCCACAGCAGACUACGUCCGAACCUCCUGUAGACGAAGAAUCAACCAUUCGAGCUGCCAAGGAAGUGCUCAACACAGCAUUGCGCAUCCUUGGCCAACGCGACGGACAACGCAACAUUAAUCUCCGCACCGACUGUCUCAACCUACGAGGUCACAUCAACAAGCGUUUGGCCGCUCUCAGACCGCAGCAUCAGGCCAAUUAUCUUGGCCGCGCCGUUGCUGACUGGUUCACGAGCUCCGAACUCGAUUCGAGCCAGAGCGACAUUAUUGAGCUACUCGCCCAGACCGAGAUCGCCAUCGAGUCUUUGAACGAGAACAUCGCACAGGAGGCAAACAAGAAACCUUCGAGUGCCGACAGCGCUGUUUCCCGAGAUGCGUCGGCGUCCGGGGCUAUCACUGCCAAUGCGACUGCGACGGCUGAUCAGCCGGAUACCGCACCUGGCUCGGGGGCAGAGAGUGUAACGGUCCGACUUCCUCCAUCAUCAAAGGUGACUGGCGAAACUGCCGCUGCCAAGAACCCUACGCCAAAGGUAGAAAGCACAAGCAGCCCUGCGAAACCUCGAGAGAAAAUCAUUCUCGACUCGCCCUUCUUCCGCUCAGACCUCGUCACCGGUCUCAUGGUCGACGCUCUCCUAGCCCUACCCUUCCCGCACCGCGCCUUCCGCGAGACGCUGCGCUUCCCUCCAGCCGCCGCCAUCGCAGGUGCCAGCCAGGAUCACGUCCCCAUGCUCGACCGCCUCGCCAAAGCGCACCAGCAGUCCACCAAGGCCUUGACCGCAGAGAAUCGGGCGCAGCUCAAGACCGCCAUCAAGGCUGUCAGUGCUGUGCUUGCGCUUCCCGAUGUGCAGCAGAUGACGCGGGAGGAUUCGCCGGAAAAGGUGUUGAGGAGGACGAGCUUGCGGUUGGUGCUAGGGACGUUGCAUUUGCUGCUGAACGAGUUUGUCAAGGGGCAGACCGAGUUGGAGUUGGUUUCCAAUGCGCUACGACCGAACGCGCGUGGCGGUCGGACAGGCGAACAGAAGCAAAGCUCGGAUGAAGCUGCGAGCGACGCGCGGGAGCGAACGAUUAGCCACAUGCAGACGCGCGUUCAGGGUCAGACGCUCUUCCUGCUUGCCAAGACGUGUUGGAUGACGAACAAGGUUCAGGAGGCGAUCAAGUUUUUCCGCUGGUUUGUCAGGUGGUAUUCUGAGCAGCAGGCUGAGCGGGUGGCUGAGCGCAAGGGGCACGAUGAGGAGGAAGGAGGGAGGGGAACGAGACAGGAAGGUGGGGAGGCGAGCUCGAUCGAUGUUGAAGAGCUGGAUAUGGGAUGGUGGGAUAAGGUGGUCGUCGUGACCAAGACGUAG